GACUCCGCAGGCUGCACCAUGAAUGUGAUCUACCCCCUGGCGGUGCCCAAGGGGCGCCGGCUCCGCUGUGAAGUGUGCGAAGCGCCAGCCGAGCGGGUGUGCACGGCCUGCACAGUCACUUAUUACUGUGGAGUGGUUCAUCAAAGAGCUGACUGGGAUAGCAUCCAUGAGAAGAUCUGCCAGCUCCUGAUCCCACUGCGCACGUCCAUGCCCUUCUACAACUCAGAGGAAGAGCGGCAGCACGGCCUGCAGCAGCUGCAGCAGCGGCAGAAGCAUUUGAUUGAAUUCUGCUACACCGUAGCCCAGAAAUAUCUCUUUGAAGGAAAACAUGAAGUUGCCGUCCCAGCAGCUUUGCAUUCUCUUCGCUUCCGUAUGAAUGUGUACGGCCUGAGUUCAGUGGAGCUUGUGCCUGCCUACCUGCUGCUGGCCGAGGCCAGCCUUGGUCUGGGCCAUAUUGUCCAGGCUGAGGAAUACCUAUCCCAAGCCCAGUGGACAGUCCUCAAAUCAACUGAAUGUUCUUAUGCCACCCACUCUUUACUGCACCGGAACCUGGGACUUCUCUUUAUGGCUAAGGAAAACUAUGAGGAAGCCCGUUAUCAUCUGGCCAAUGACAUUUACUUUGCCAGUUGUGCAUUCGGAACAGAGGACAUCAGGACCUCAGGAGGCUACUUCCACCUAGCUAAUAUCUUCUAUGGCCUUAAUAAGUUGGACCUGGCAGACACGCUGUACACUAAGGUCUCUGAGAUCUGGGAUAAAUAUCUGAACAAUCACUAUCAAGUCCUCUUACAGGCUCGCAUCCAGCAAAUAGAUUUACUGGGCAAACAAUUUGAGACUGACACUGGCUUGGAUGAAGCCCAGGAAGCGGAGGCCGUUCGGAUCCUGACUUCAAUCUUAAACAUUCGAGAAUCUACAUCUGACAAAGCUCCCCAGAAAACUGUCUUUGUUCUGAAAAUCCUGGUCAUGCUUUACUACCUGAUGAUGAAUUCUUCAAAGGCACAAGAAUAUGCCACGAGAGCCUUCAGUCUAGCUCAAGAACAUCAGCUCAGUGUCCAUGAACAAGACACCAUUCAAGAAUUACUAACUCUCAUCUCAGCUGAAGAAGCUUCCCCCGUUACUCAGUGACCCGUGGGUUCGGCGUCAGGGCCUCUUCAAGGGACUGCUGAACAUGUAAUGUGUUCCAGCCUUCAGCAACUGCUCUGAGGUUAUGGAUGAACUGCUGAAGUCCCACCUCUUCCCCUGUGAUUUCACACCCCGUGCACUUUUAUUCUUGCACGGCAUAUGUGAGGGAGUAUAGAGCUUUGGGCACAGAAAUCAGUAAAACUCGUUUAUCGUGACCCUUGCCCUUGGUUUAUCAUGACUUUGUAUGAAUUUGAGGUAAUAUACUGUCAGCUCACUAAUAUGGUAUUUGUAAUUAAACUGAAAAUAGUUUAUC